AUGCUUCUGAGUAUUUACGCUUUUCUUUUGUACUUUAAUAAUUGUUUCUUCAAAUGUUCUUGCUCAUCAUCUGAGUUCAACUUGGAAGGAGAUUACUUAUUGGGUGGUCUUUUUGCUUUGCAUGAAGUGGAUCAUGCUACACCCCUGUCCACUCCAGAGGCCAUUGAAUGUUCCAGGCACACUAUCUCAGUAUCUGGCUAUCAGAUGUUCCAAGUGCUGAGGUUUGCUGUUGAGGAGAUUAAUAACUCCACCACCCUCCUGCCUAAUGUUUCUCUAGGAUACAAGAUUUUUGACCAUUGUUCUGCAACAAAGAAUUUCCCUGCAGUCUUCAGUUUUAUCUCAGAGAAUGGAUCAAUUAAACCUAAAGAAAUGGUCAACAACCAUCAUCCUAAAGUGAUUGCUUUAACAGGACCAUAUGGAAGCACCAGAACUAUUACAAUUGCACCAUUGUUCACAAUGAGCCUUAUACCUAUGGUAAAUUAUGGAGCUUCCAGCUAUGCAUUAAGUAAUAAACUUCAAUAUCCCUCUUUUCUAAGAGCACUCCCCAGCAACAAAGACCUGAUACAGAUGAUUAUUCGCAUCAUACAGUGGUUUGGAUGGAACUGGGUUGCCUUCCUUGGUAGCCAAGAUGCUUACAGUACAGAUGGCCUGAGACAGUUUAACAAGUAUAUUGUCAAUACUGGCAUUUGUUUGGCCUAUCAUGAGGCUCUCAGCCUUGAUUCAAACUACACUUCAGCACUUAAAAAGAUUGAUAUGCUUAAAAUCAAUGUCAUUGUGGUUUUCGCUUUGCCACAAUAUGCUAAGAACAUAAUCAAAGCCGCCAUAGCGAGCAACAUCCGAGACAAAGUUUGGAUUGCAGGUGAAACAUGGUCUAUGGAUCAACAGCUUCCCAGAGAGACAGGAAUUGAGAAAAUUGGUACAGUUAUUGGCAUUACGGAGAGAUUAUUGACAUUACCCGGAUUUGAUGAAUUCAUCUAUAAAGUCAAAGGAACAUCUAAUGUUCAUAAUGAUAGCACUGAAGUCCAGUCUCCUCAAAGAUUGAGUGAGACAUGCAAUCAAGUUUGUGAGAGCUGCUCUUUGUUGACUGCAGAGGAAAUUAUAAAUGAAAAUCCUUCAUUCUCCUUUAGCAUCUAUUCUGCCAUAUAUACCAUAGCUCAUGCAUUACAUAAAGUUCUGCGGUGUGACAUGAAUAAAUGUCACAAGAACACAACAGUUUGGCCAUACACGCUUCUGGGAGAAAUUAAGAAUGUGGAUUUUCCACUCAAUGGUCGUCAGGUGAAAUAUGAUGAUAAUGGUGAUCCAACCGUCAAUUACGCAGUUGUGCUCUGGCAUACAAAAACAAAUCCUCCACGGUUGGAGAUGAUAGGCACAUAUGAUACAUAUCCAGAAAUUACCUUUAUCAUCAACAGCUCUCUCUUGCCCUGGCGUAACAAUUCUGUUCCUUUCUCAAACUGCUCUGUUGAGUGUAAGGAGGGAUUUUCAAGAGAACCAGAGGGAUUGCAUAACUGCUGUUUUCGGUGUAAAAAAUGCCAGAGGAACAGCUAUGUGCAUUAUUCUCGGGACCCCUAUUCCUGUUUUCAGUGUGCAGAGAGUGAAUGGUCUGAUGAGGGGAGCACAACAUGUAAGACACGCAUUGUUGUCUAUCUUGAGUACACCGAAAUACCGUCUCUUGCAUUCAUUGUUUCUACCAUAUGUCUGAUGAUUCUCUUAGUUACCAUCUUUGGCCUUUUUGUCUACAAUCAGAAUACACCAGUAGUGAAGUCUGCUGGUGGUAGCAUGUGUUUCCUAAUGUUGGCAUGUUUGAUUAUGUCUAAUAUAAGUUUGUUCUUUUUCUUUGGAAAACCCACACCUUUACAUUGUAUCUUUAGAAAUUUCGCAUUUGCAUUUUUCUUCACUAUCUGUCUCUCCUGUCUGGCUGUACGGUCUUUUCAAAUUGUUUGCGUUUUCAAAAUGGCUGCCAAGUUUCCUAAAUUGCACAGCUUGUGGGUGAAGCACAAUGGCCAGUGUCUCUUCAUUGUGUUUUACUGUGUAAUUGAUUUAAUUGCUUGUGUGAUAUGGGCGACUGUCGAACCUCCCAAACCCAACAGGGACACAUUUUCUUUUAAAGACCAAAUUCUGCUCAUCUGUGAGAAUGGAAACACUAUAACCAUUAGCAUUAUUGUGUUUGUGAGUUGGUUUCUUGGUGUCCUGUGCCUCAUGUUUUCUUACAUGGCAAGAGACCUGCCGAAAAAUUACAAUGAGGCCAAAUCAAUAACCUUCAGUCUGGUUUUGUUUUAUCUGAGCUGGAUUGCGUACUUCACAGCAUUCUUUACUCUAAAAACCAAAUACAUCAUGCUUUUCAAUGCAAUGGCCCAGCUAGCCAGUAUUAAUGCAAUUGUCUUCAGUUACUUCAUCCCAAAAUCUUACAUUAUAAUAUUUCAACCAAAAAAGAACACUCUUGGAUACUUUCAAACAUCUAUUCAAAAUUACACCCAAACCAUUAGUAGGACUUAGUCCAGAAACGAGACGUUUGUCUCAUUUGCAUUUGGACUUUGUUGGGGAAAAAGUCUGAGAAAGUGUCCAACUUUUAGUAUAGACGCUAGGUAACGGGAUAGCCACUGCACAGAUGGGGGUGUCCUAUGAAGCAACCUGUAACCGCUCAAGGGAUUCCCUAUUGAGUAUUGCAUUUGUUCUCCGUUAUGUUCAUCUGCAAUUACAGUAAUCAGAGUUUGUUCGUUUUUUAAGCCGACAUAACUGCCAGAUGCAGAAGAGAUGAAUAAAUAAGAGGUCUUUAUUUUAGUUGGCUUUUUAAUGCUUUUCAGUGCUUAAGUGCAGGGGUGCUUUUCUUAAUUUAUUGCUGAAAUACUGAGAUAAUUACUGAACAACAGAGCAAAACAUUUUUUUUAAAUGUAGUUAGUAUGCAAGCUAAUUAUUCACACUGAUCACUCUUGAAACAGUUAAAUCAGCCUCACUGAGCACUGACUAUCAUUAAUAAUGCAUGUUUGUUAAUGCAGGAUACUAUUAAACAAAAAUGACAGAUGAAACAUGGACUAUUGUUGAAAUACAAAGAUAAGCUAGCUCAAAAACUCAUUUAUUUUCAGUUGUUGACUGAGUAAUUCUGAUACUCGAAAGAGAAAACGUAGGUUUCAAUAUCAUAUUGGAUUACUACAUUAUUGAAAGUUUACGGAGGGAUGGAAAUGACAUAAUGCAGAUAAAUGACUGCCGAUAGUGAGUGUUGCAAUACUUGCUUUAUAAUAUUUGUAUUCUGAUAUUUUGUGAAUGACUGAAAGAGAAAUAUUUCACUUACCUGUUUGUAAACCGAAUGUCAAAAUAGAGGUCCCCGUUGUUUGGGGUUUAUUUAUAGAUAAAACUGCAAGGGUAAUGAUGAUAACACAAAUAAUAAGAAUAAUACAAUAUUAA